AGCUUUACUCAUACAUGCAAGGACUGCCUUGUCUAUAAUAGAGAUGGAGUGGAGAAAGAAUAUAGCCUGUGUUAGGAAGUGGUUGAUGGCUCUACUGUUGCUGAGCUCUCUGUUGCAGGUGUCCACAUACCCAUACAUUGCCUUCGGAGGGACACCACUUCCCAACCACUGGUUUCUGAACAUGAGCCAACUCCAGGACUCAAGCCGAGCCACUCUGGUGUGCCACACCGACCUGGACCGGGUCCAUCGCGGAGACUGGUACUUUCCCAAUGGUUCAGUGGUGCUUAGUUCUAACAGGUCAAACGGCAUCUUUACAUCUCAUGGCAAUCAAACGAUUGAGCUGAAACGCGGGCAAGGUGGUAGUGGCCCUUCUGGCAUGUACCACUGUCCAAUCCCUAGCACAGCAAGAGCGCAGGCUGUCUAUGUGGGAAUCUACUCAAGAGGAGGAGACGUAAGAGUGGAAAAUAUUUACAUGCGUAUGCGCUCGGAUCCUGAUGGACCAAGUCCUCAGUUCACCCUCACCUGUGUCUCCACUGGUGGACCUGCUACCACUGUCACUUGGACCAGAGACUCGGCCACUGUCACCCAAGGAACUGAGUCUGAGUUGACUAGGCCAGAGAGACUACUUUACUUGCACACUCUAACUGGAAGCACAAACGGAGAGUAUACCUGCACUGUGAGCAACAACAAACCAUCCAUUGAUUCAGCUAUCUACAGUAUACCAGGUCCCUCGCCUCCUACAAAUGUGAGGGCAGUCCAGGAGGGUCCCACCAAUGUCACUGUGUCUUGGAGUCCAUAUCGAGAUACACAGAUCCUGUACAGAAUAGAGUGGCAGUGUACAGCGAGUGAAAGUGGGUUCCGGGGGUCUAUUAGGACCUACAGCCAGCGACUGACGGGCUUUCGGAAUGGAGAAACCUGCAACAUAUCCGUUUCAGCAACUUUAGAAGAGCAAUUCCCCAGCGACGGUGUGAGACUGUCUGUCAGUUUGGUACCAGGUGCACCAAGACGCCUUAGCGUAGGUCGUACGUACACGAAUGCCAUAGGCCUUCUCUGGAGGGCACCCCAUGGCUCAGUGGUGACUGGUUAUGAGGUGAAGUGGAAGACAAACACUUCGAAAAAAUGUCCUUAUCUGGCAGACAAGGGAACGUUAACCGUCACUGAUCCGUAUGUCACUAACUAUGAAGAAAUAGUAGGACUGGCAGGAGGCACUACAUACAUUGUAACGGUGAAAGCCUUCAAUGAUGCUGGGAGCUCAGUUGGUACUACAAUAAAUGCAACGACUGAAGAAGCAGCUCCAUCUGCUGCCCCACCGUCUGUGAGGAUAUCCGGCACCAGUUUCACUACUAUCACAGUCCAGUGGGGGGUGGUGGAGUGUAACCACACCAACGGAGAGAUAACAGGUUACUCUGUCAGGUACGGGGAAGUGGGUGAUAGUGAAAGGUCUGUGGAGAGGGUUGGGGCUGGAGAGAGGGAACUAACUCUCUCUCGACUAUCUCCUGCUGUGUAUACCAUUGAAGUGGCAGCAGUCAACAAUGCUGGAAUCGGAGUCUACAGCACUUCGCUGAGAGCAAAGACAGAGGCACUGAGAAUAGUUGUUAACUCUUCGUCCACUACGCAUUUGGUCAUCUCAUGGCUACUCAACGAGGGUCUAAAUGCCAGUAGCUACAACAUAUCCUACUCCAACACCCACUGUUCCACUUCCUACUAUGAAUACACCACAAGACAGAUGGUCAUCAACCUGACUGGGUUAGAGGAAGGCACAGAGUAUUCUAUCACUGUGACUGCCACGCUCAGUGGCCAUGACUUGCCAGAAGAACAGAACAUCACAGCCUCUACGAUGCCUGCCGCUCCCACUGCUGCUCCCAUGUCUGUCAGACCUUCGCGAGUGACUUUCUCUGAUAUAACUCUCACGUGGGACACGAUACCCUGCCUUGAAGAGAACGGAAUCAUCACCGGUUACUCUGUCAGAUACAUGGACAUUGAGAGCACACACAAUGUUAAUGUUUCUAUGGGAAACAUAACUGAGGCCACCAUUUCUGGACUGUCUCCAUCUACUGUCUACUCCGUUCAAGUUGCUGGGAUAAACACUGCUGGUACUGGGGAGUACAGUGACCCACUGAUUCUGACAACUCGAAAUAGCAUGUACCUAAGUCUAGAAGAUGAUUUCGUCCCCAACCGUGGCUACUUGUCUGUUGAAGACAUUGGCUCCUCGGACAGCACGGCUCUCCUCUGCCACAUAAACAGACAGCCUUCCUAUUACCCCCACUCCGGGGGAGAUUGGUUCACACCAAACGACGUUAGAAUCAAUGGAGACAACACUCCGGGAUUCACUAGAAACAGGGGCCCAAUGGUGGUGAGACUCAGGGCCAGCGCUGGACCAGCCGAUGAAGGAAUCUACUGCUGUUUCGCAACAGACAGAGAUUCAGUGAUGCGGCGAAUGUGUGUCGGGAUAUACAAAAACAGCGGAGCUGUUUUCAUAUCUGAGAACAUUUCACUGGCUGUGGUCUCUGAUCUCAAUGGACCAAGUCCUCAGUUCACCCUCACCUGUAUCUCCACUGGUGGACCUGCUACCACUGUCACUUGGACCAGAGACUCCACCACUGUCACCCAAGGAAAUCAGACUGUGUUGAAUGAUCCAGUGACUGCACAGUACACCCACACUCUGACAGUCUCUGGGAGACCUGAAGGACUCUACACAUGCACCGUCUCCAACAGCAAACCAUCACAGGAUUCGGCACAACUGAAUGUGAAUGCCUCUAAUCCAUUUGAAGAGUUUUCUCUCGUCAACUCUUCGGCCACCUCUCUCUCCUUCUCCUGGACUCUGACCCCCGUUGCCUCACUACUGAUCACUGGAUACAACAUCACCUGUACCCCACUGAUGGAGGGGAUUCCCCUUCCAGAGCCUCUCGUUGGAGAGCAGAGAGACACCUCUGCCACUGUGACUGAACUCCACCCUGGCAUCAGCUACACAUGUGUUGCUGUCACCUUUACUCUUUGGGGGACAUCACUACCGCAUAACAUCACCUACAGCACUUUUGAGAUCGCUCCCUCAGGUUCUCCAGAGGCAUUUGAGGCAGUCGUGGGCCAGAGACAAGUUGUCUUUACCUGGUCUCCCCCACCUGUGACCCAGCAUAAUGGAGUAAUCACCAGCUACACCCUCUCCUGCUCCCCCUCCCCCUCCUCCCUCCCCCAGUCUCCCUCCUCCCAGUCUGGGAGCCUCACUGCCACUGGCUUCUCUCCCAACACUCUCCACUCAUGUUCUCUGGCUGCCAGCAACAAUCAAGGCACUGGGCCACCAGCAAUAAAGAAUUUCACCACACUGGAAGAUUAUUCCUAUUUUCAGUUGCACCUUCGUGGUGUUGCAUCUUGCCCAGAAUAUACGCUAUCUUUAACUAAUGAAAAACUGGACGAUAUAACUGGCGCAGUGCUGGCUGAAUUGAGAGACUCCUGUCAUAAUUGUGCAAUCACUAGCAGUACAAUAGACGAGGAGUACUUUGCCUGCGACUCAGAGUCCCCCACGUAUGUGACAUAUCGAGCCAGACUGGAGGGAACUUCAGAGACAGACAGUGGCUCCCUCAUACCUCUGAUAGAAAAGUGGCUCAGCAGCAAAUCGAGCAUCGUAGUGGCUCGAGUUGAAAUAAGCAUUGAUCUUGAAUGCCCCGUAGCUGUCUUAUCUCCCAAUGACACCGAGGGAUGCAAAUCACCUACAGUGUCUGCAACAACCUCUCAGAGUGUUUUAGAUGAUUCCGGAGCUGUAAUUGGAGGGGCAGUGGCCAUUAUCCUCAUCAUUGCCCUCACUAUUGUUGCGGUCUCUAUCGCCAGGCUGAGAAUAGCAGCACACCGCCGCAGAGAGCCUUCAAACGCUGUCUGGAGAGCAGAACAGACUGAUUUACCGGAAGCGAAGGACAUCUCAACCUACGGUAAUGCGGCCUAUGAGUUGGUAAAGUUCAGAACAGGGAGAAGAGAGGAUGGAGGAGGAGAAGACACAGGUGGGAGCAGUGGCGAUGACGGCCACUAUGCCACAAUCUGCCAGAGCCCUUAUGACCACCCCAAUCCCAGCCCACCGGCCACACCCCAGGAGUACGAAAAUCCCGUUAAUGACUCUGGAACCGGGGGCAACGCUCCAGAUGAUUCCACUGCUAACAACCCUCAGACUGCUCCGGGGCCUGGAUAUGUUAAUGUGAGCGGAGAAGCUCAAGCUUCAGCAGUGGAAGAGGUCGUUUAUGCUCAAGCGAAUGACCAGCAAUAAUAAUUAUAUACUUUUUCACC